AUGACGAACGCACGCUCAUUCGAGGUUUUGGAUAAGGUGAACGGUGCAGGGAAGGAUGCAACAGAAUUCUCCUUCUAUGUUGUCGGGAGAGCUACUGCCUUGACGCUACAUUCCACUAUGCCCAACGCUAUCAUCCGUGGAGAAUGGUCGGAGACAGCAUUGUUGUAG